GUGGUACGAAUUUGAUGGUCUUAAGAAACCUCAAAUAAAAAAAAGUGAUGGUGGAUUGGAAACACUUUACAGACCUUCACACUGUUUAUUUGGUAUGUAAACAUGUCAUAUCAUAACAUCGGCAUUACUUGUACUAAAUUUUGCACAGCUGGACAGAAUUUUUCGUGAUGAAUAAGAUAUUUUUUAGUGCUCAAGGAAGACUCACAAAGCAAUGAAAUAAUACAAGACAAAGCCCACAGUGCAGAAGGAAACUUGGAAUCCUUGGUUGAUGAUUCUGAAAACCAAGAAAUUGAAGGGGUAUCUACGACCAUUCGUACCAAGCAAGCACAAAAAUACACCCCCGGUAUAACCAUGGACAGCCUUCUUGCAAGUAAGUAAGUACUUCUUGAAAAAAUUCGUAUAAUAUUUUGGAUUAAUUUUCGCGAAUAAAAUAUCCUAAACUUUUUGAUUUUUUUUUUUUUUUUUGAAAUCUAAACUAUGGUAACUUUUUUUUAAGCUCCAGAAAACAAACAAGAAGAAACAAAAAUUACUGCAGACAUCAAAAGCCUUGAGAAAAUCCUCAAUAAUAGCGAUGACUCGCUUUUCUGCAUUGGUAAUUGCACCGACAGUCGUGAUAAGGAAAAAUUGGACAAAAAGAAAAAAAAGAGACAAGGGGCCAUUGCAAGCAUAUGUUCAAAUGGAUGCCUACAAUAGGUGCAAGAUGUUACUGUCUUGGUUUGUUAAGCGUGAAGACGCAGAGCUCAUCAUGAGCGAGAGUUUGGACGUAGAAGUAGGUAUGCUGCCUAAAUCUAUUAAAGCAUUACCUGACUCUGUACGCGACGACCUUGUCCAUGUUGAUAUUUUAAAACAAUAUGCAAACAAGGGAUUUAUCGAACAUCUCAAGAAAUUGAUACAAAAGAAAAAGAGAACAUCAAGUUGGACGUGUGGCACAUGCAAGAAGAGUAUAGGGGCUCCCGAUCGAAGCAUAGCAUGUGACAGAUGUCUCACAUAGAGUCAUUUUUGUUGUACCGAUCUGAAGAGAAAACCACGUGGUAAUUGGUUUUGUAAGAACUGUAUUGAAGAAGUAACUGGUAAAUCAGAAUAUUUUGCCCCUGUUUAUUUAAUCCUAACUGUAUGUGAAGCAUUACUAACUUUGUUUUAUAGUGAUAAUUGAUUCUGAUGAAGAGAAGAACCCACUGGAGCCGCAAUGGAGGGCGUUUUUAACCCGAUGCCUUGAAAACGGUAUAUUGAAGAAAUACAUAGACCCACAUUGUAAUCCGUUGCUUAACCAGAAAUCAGGAGGUGUUUUUCAAGUUGCGGCUAAUUUUGAGGGAUUGAAAAGAACAGAGCCAGAAUUCUAUAUGCAGAUUACAAAAUAUUUAGCAGCAACUACAAACUCAAAAUGGUCAGAUAUAGUAUGUGAAUAUGUAUUGCAAGUUUAUGCAGGUGAAUUGCCAUUUGGACGUGCAUAUGCUGACAUGCUGCAAUACAUUGAAGUUAAACUUUUUUCAUUGCUUUGUUAGAAUAUAUUCUGGCUGAUAUUGUGAAUAUAUACAGCACGUUUUAUGUUCGGUUUAGACAUAGAUUUUUUCAAUAUGCUAAGGUUGAAUCUAGCUUGGCUACCCCAGACCUUUUUUUAUAUUCAUAUUAUGUUCUUUAACAUGGUUUUAUCAUUUAUCAAAAAGGUGAAGCAGAGAAAAUUAUCGUACUAUACACUCUUUUUAUAAGAAAACAUUUUAUCAGAACAACGAAGAAUUAACAUAAAAUAACGAGUGUGAAACCCUUUGUUAGUUCAUAUUUUUAUUGUAAAUACUGCUUUAUAUCGAGAAGAAAUGUAUCUUUGACUAAUGUUUCA